AUGGAGACGAACGGGACAGACAGCAGCCUGAACGGCACCGAAACCAAUCGCACUUCUUCGCCGGUUUUCAUUAUCAGCACUCGUUAUAUGACACAAUGGAAACGAGAGAGACAACGAGAACGUCUUUGUCGCGCGUACAAUCAAAUUAUAACGAAUUGCUCCCAGUUUAAUGGAACUUGGCCUGACCCGGAUGAUCCACGUUGGAACAGCGGGGAAUACGUGGAACUUCUGUCAGACUGGUUCCCAUCAAAUAUCACCAACGGCACCAUUACGGGAAAUACAACAACCUUAUCAACCGCGGAACCUUUGACGCCUGUACUACCACCCUUCGAACUCUGGCAGACGAUACUGAUUGCUUUCUCCCUCGCAUUAUGUAUACUGUUAACUGUCGGCGGUAACAUUCUCGUCCUUCUGGCAUUUAUCGUAGAUAGGGCUAUCAGGCAACCCAGCAACUAUUUCAUUGCCUCGUUAGCAGCCACCGAUAUGCUUAUUGGCACAGUGUCCAUGCCAUUCUACACGGUCUACGUUCUGAUGGGCUAUUGGAAUCUCGGACCUUUGCUCUGCGACCUAUGGCUGUCCGUAGACUACACGGUAUGCUUGGUAUCCCAGUACACGGUGCUGCUGAUUACGAUCGAUCGAUUCUGUUCGGUGAAGAUUGCGGCCAAAUAUCGCAGUUGGCGCACGAAAAAUCGCGUGAUCUGGAUGGUUACCAUCACCUGGAUCAUCCCAGCUUUGUUAUUCUUCAUCAGCAUCUUUGGCUGGGAACAUUUCAUCGGUUACAGAGAUCUGAGUCCUGGCCAAUGUGCCGUGCAGUUCCUCAAGGAUCCAGUUUUCAACACCGCCCUCAUAAUUGGUUACUACUGGACGAAUCUGGUGGUUCAAUUUAUCCUGUACGCUUGUAUAUACAAGACAGCAUAUGAUAUGCAGAAAAAGAGCGAAGCUAAACAGCGGAAGAUGCAGUCCAUGGUCGCUCUGAGUGCUGGCGCCAUGACCGGUAUGGCAGGACGUGCUGCCGGUAUAGGAAUAUCAAAAACGCAGAGUACCCUUUUGAGCCAGGACAAACCUAAAGGCGGCACGUCGGGAGAAGAUGGCGCAGGAGGCGAUGGUUCCGGUCAGAAAACCUCUUCAAAGACUUCUGGAACGGGUAUGACCGAUUCCACGGAGAAGCAAACGUGCGCCAGCACUGUUCCUACGGAGACGGAAAAAUCGGAACGUUCCAGUAGUCCAGCCUUUGAUUCGGACGAAGAAAGUACCAUAGGCCCAGCCCUACAGCCCGGUGGUAUCAGAAAACGAUCUUCGUUAGCCGGUUUGGUCGCUCAGUCCGGUGCUUUUCAGAUGUUCGCCACAAACAGCCACCUAAACGGAAUCGUCCCCGUGAAAGUUGACAUGAACGCGCCAGCAGCUAGGAAAAUCCUUCCGCCGGGUUCCACGUGUGACAUAGGUACUACAACGCAGAAGACUCAGACGUUGCCGAAGAUACAGGAGCUGAGUCUUCUGGACACCGACAACCCGGCCGAGCUCGAGAAAUCCAGCAGCCAGACACUGACGCCGGAACAAUCGUUAAAAUCGAGCGGCGAGAGCGGCAAUCAACAGGCUGUAACUUCUGCGGAAACAUCGCCGCCCACUCAUCCCAGCCGCUCGAUUAGCAGCAACCAACAAAAUAUCAUACCACCACCCACGCAGUUUCAGAGCAGUCCACCGGUGUCUGACAGUCCACCCACCUCCUCGUCCACGGACAGACCCAAAUCGUUGGUUGUAUCGUCGCACGGUCCAGGUACCUUCGACAUUCUGACGGGUCUGGAUGGCGGAGACUUAAGGUACAUGGACGAAAGCUCAGUGAUAUUACCUAGUCCCUCUUAUGAAAGUCCUCCGUCUUCCUUUUCGUGCAGCCUAGCGAAUCCUCUCUCGACUACUCCCUCGUCGCCGAUCCUGGGGAACGUUACUUCCGCGGCCAAUACGAGUCUUCUGCAGGCUGCGUUGAUCAGAGCCACGGCUCAACAAGCCAACAACCAGACAGGUGGUAAACAUGCUCAGCUUCAACCGGUGAUGUCCAACGCAUCGAGUCAAACGCAUCCCCCUCGCGUGUUCAUCACACAGAAGACUAACGCAGCCUCUCAAACAUCGCCGACGGUGAGCAAAGUGCACACCGAGGUCACCGUGAAGGCUGAAGAUACAAAGCAACAGCCGGUAACAACGGUCGUCAGCACGGCUGCUGUGGAGACAUUCAGUAGCUCACCUAAUCAGUGCUCGGACCAGGUUACCAAGGCUAACAAUCCUCCUCAGAACUCCUCGUCCAGCGGCAGCAUGGUGCCCACGAUGUCCGGCACGACGGUGAAUGAACAAGAAAAGGACACGAGGAAGCAAUCGAAGAAGGAAUCUCGCUCGGGUGAAGAAGGAGGAUCAAGAAGAGAUUUUGUGAAGACUAUCGGCAAACGUUUGAAGAACAAAACGCAGAGGAGAGACCCGUUGAUAAGUCGACAGAAGUCUCGAACGGAGAACAGGGCGCGAAAAGCGUUCAGGACGAUAUCUUUCAUCCUGGGCGCGUUUGUUGCUUGUUGGACACCGUACCACAUCUUGGCCCUGGUCGAGGGUUUCUGCUCGACGCCACCGUGCACGAACGAGCAUCUCUUCAUGUUCUCGUACUUUCUCUGUUACGCCAACAGCCCCAUGAAUCCAUUCUGUUACGCUCUGGCCAAUCAACAGUUUAAGAAAACCUUCACCAGAAUUCUGAAGGGUGAUCUCCACAUGACGUAA